AUGGUCCGCUACGCAGAGGUGAACGCUAGCGCUUCGGCCCACGGAGUGGGUGCUGUUGAAACACCAACAUUAUUACCGAAUUCCACGCCAUUGUACAUAGGAGCAGGCCAUCGCCACUGUGAAACAUUUCUGUGGAGUCCUUUUAUAGCCGGAUCGGAGAUAAGACGCCAACGUGACACUACGACGCGUGCUCCAUCGCGUCUCCCGUCCUCGACCUCACCGCCUUCGUACAAUGAACGGUGGGGUGUUCGCCGUUCCCAUCGCGAGGUCUUGUCCCAUCACGACUGUACAAUUUCUUGUUAUAGGUGGCUUCGCCACGUGCCCUUGGGGCUCAGAAGUUGCCCGGUGCACCCAGCGCGGCUUAUUCGAAGCGACAGCCGGAGGGUGCGACGAACUGUAUACAACAUCAUGUCAAAUGGCAUGAAUGGUGACUGCAUUGAUAAAGACAAUUCGAAUAUGCUGCAAACUCUAUCAAUAGGAGGUCCCCUCAUAUUCCCGUCACUCGUGUCGAAUGCGAGGCGAGGAAAUGUCUUGUCUGCUCGAGCUUCCCUAUAUUGA